GGACAAGAUUACUGUACGCUCAACUGAACUGUGUCAGUGGCGUCUACAGCACAGUCGCGAAUCAUGGUUGGAGUGAGUGGACAGUUGAAGAGCGAAAAUCCAAGGAACCUGACUGCUCCAUCGACCAGAGAGACUAUGAACGUACAGUUACCAUUUCAGAGGCCAGUGUAGACGAUGAGCGCAAUACUCCAGCAGAGAAUUUGUCAAUUCGGAGGAGGUAGAACAAGAGGCGAUGGUGUGUAGCGGGGCCCUUGGGGCCACAGGAGCCAUUCCAUGCAUGCGAUCGCAAGGGACACUGUCAAGAUUACGCUCAUUGCAGCCUAACCUCUGUUGCCAUCAACUAUCGAGUGCUAGUUUUGCACUGACGAAUGGAGCUCUCUUCACCUCGGUUGCGGAUCAGAGGAAGGCGGUCGGGCAGCAGAGGUUGCGAGUCAGGGCUGCUGGAGCAGAGCCAGAAUUGGAUUUGGUGAAAGCCAAGUCUAACAUAAUGGACCCAGGUGUUCUGGAUUUGUGGCGAAAUGCAGAAGCUGUAUGUUUUGACGUGGACAGUACUGUCUGUGAGGACGAAGGUAUCGAUGAAUUGGCUGCCUUUUGCGGUGCAGGUGAAGCAGUUGCUGCUUGGACAGCCAGAGCCAUGGGCGGAUCUGUGCCUUUUGAGGUAGCCCUUGCUGCUAGGUUGGAUCUUUUCAAACCUUCUGCGUCAGAUGUUGCAAAACUAUUGGCUAGCAAGCCACCAAGACUUAGCACCGGUAUAAAAGACCUUGUUAACAAACUUCAUAGCAAGGGCACUCAUGUAUACCUCGUAUCUGGAGGAUUCCGGCAGAUGAUCGAGCCAGCAGCUGAGCUCUUAAAUAUUUCCAAAGACAGAAUCUAUGCCAACAAUCUUCUGUUCGGAGAAAAUGGAGAGUUUACAGGGUUUGAUGCUACCGAACCCACCUCUCGAAGCGGGGGCAAAGCGAAGGUUAUUGAGAAAAUCAAGGCUGAGUUUGGCUACACAAAACUGAUAAUGAUUGGUGAUGGAGCUACAGACUUGGAGGCAAGGAGGCCAGGAGGAGCAGAUAUGUUCAUUUGCUAUGGAGGAGUAGCAGUCCGUCCUAAGGUGGUUGAAGGAUCAGACGUGUUUGUCACUACCUUUACGGACCUUAUCAACACACUCUAAGCUCACUACGCUUGAACGUCGGUUUCUUUGAAGUGAAACUCUUGACUUAGCUCAGCGUGAUCUUGGAACUUUGUACCGUUCAAGUGUGGCUGCAGAUGCACCACCUGUCUGCCGAAAAACCCAAGUCAGCACUUGUGGAGGAUUUAGGCAUAGGACAAUUGUAGGCAGGAAUCGUCCUCUGUCACUUGAGUUCCAGUUACAGACUUCUUUCAGUGGAGUGUUGCUUGAUCACAUUGAUCUGCAAUACUGGUUGUUUUAGAAGGUCUCCGAAAGCAAAUCAAGCAAAUAAGCUUGUUGCCUUCAUAUCUGUAACCUGCUGGAAAAUCCAGCAACAUUUUUGAUUUCAAUGUAUUAUGGUGAAUCCCUGACGAGCCACAAGUCCCAAGCGAGAUAGCAGUUGUUUUCAUACACGUGAAAAACUGUUUUUUUCCCGUUUGAGACUAGAAUUUCAUUUAGUUACAAUGGACACGUUCAGGGCUUUGUAUAUUUCUGUCUCUAGUCGUUCUUAGCUUUAACGUCAUUUACGGGAGUAGAUUAGACCUCCUUAAAAGUGGCAUUUGCCAUUUUUGCCACCUUUUCGUUAAUUGUGUAUCCAA